AUGGCACAGAACGGUACUUCCAGCAAUGACUUCACUGUCAAGGCUGGUCUGGCGCAGAUGUUGAAGGGUGGCGUGAUCAUGGAUGUCGUCAAUGCUGAGCAGGCCCGCAUUGCCGAAGAGGCCGGCGCCGCAGCCGUUAUGGCGCUGGAGCGUGUCCCCGCCGAUAUCCGCGUUGAGGGUGGCGUUGCCCGCAUGUCCGACCCUGGCAUGAUUAAGGAAAUUAUGGAGGCCGUUACCAUUCCUGUUAUGGCCAAGGCUCGCAUUGGUCACUUUGUCGAGUGCCAGAUCCUCGAGGCUAUUGGCGUUGACUACAUUGAUGAAUCCGAGGUCCUUACCCCCGCCGACGAUGUCUACCACGUCACCAAGUCCACAUUCAAGGUCCCCUUCGUCUGCGGCUGCCGUAACCUCGGUGAGGCCCUGCGCCGUAUCUCCGAGGGUGCUGCUAUGAUCCGCACCAAGGGUGAGGCCGGUACCGGUGAUGUUGUUGAGGCUGUUAAGCACAUGCGCACUGUCAAUGCCCAGAUUGCCAAGGCCCGUGGUAUCAUGCAGUCCAGCCCCGACUUCGAGCCCGAGCUCCGCGCUUUCGCUCGUGAGAUCGAGGCCCCCUACGAGCUUGUCCGUGAAGCCGCUGAGAAGGGCCGUCUGCCCGUUGUUAACUUCGCCGCUGGCGGUGUUGCCACUCCCGCCGAUGCUGCGCUGAUGAUGCAGCUUGGCUGUGAUGGUGUCUUUGUUGGCUCUGGUAUCUUCAAGUCCGGCGAUGCGGCUAAGCGCGCCAAGGCCAUCGUGCAGGCCGUUACCCACUUCAAGGAUGCCAAGGUUCUUGCUCAGGUUAGCGAGGGUCUCGGCGAGGCCAUGGUUGGUAUUAAUGUGCAGAAGAUGCCCGAGGCGGACAAGCUGGCUGGUCGCGGAUGGUAG